AAAAUUUAAAAGAGAAAAUCAUUUGAUAACCAAACACCACUUAAAAGUUUUUUUACUAUAAAUUUGAAUGAAAAAAGAUCGUGACCUCGAUUUUUUUAAUUGAACAAUCAAAAUCAUAAAUGUUUCAAAGAGGAGUGCUAGGAGCACUCGCCUCCUGCACUCUCCGGCCAACACUUUCACUUUUAUUGGGCCACGUUAUUCUAGUAAGCAAGAGGGUCCACCGCAAAGCCCGAAACAAGCUUACGUGGCCCAAUGAAAAGGGAAGUGUUGCUGGAGAGUGCACAAGGCGAGUGCCCCUAGCACUGCUCAUGUUUCCAAAAGAGCACUAAAGUAAGGUUAAAACUAAUUAAAUGCAAUUUUUUUUUUGAAAAGGUUCUUAUGAUGACUUUUUAAAACUUUGUUUUCCAUUUCUUAAUGGUAUUGAUAGCUAAUGUUACAAACAGGUAGCUUCUUUAUAGCUUUUGGAGUAUUUGUUAAGCUUUUAAAUUUGAUAAUUUUUAUCAAUAGUUAAAAUUUUGACUAUUUUAUGUGAAAUAUUCUUAAUUGAGGCUAUUUAGCACUUCUCUAAAAUCUUUAUCGAGCCAACACUUCUCCAAAAUAAAUUUUAGGAAUUCUUAACUCUUAUACUGACCUAGAGUUUUCCAUACAGCUAUAUUUCAUCUAAUCAACUAGAAUUGAUUAGGGUUGCUGCCAGUAUUAACGGAAGGAUGUUACCAUCUAAGUAGGUCAGCAGGCCCCUGUCCUCCUUUCUACAGAUUUUAGUUUCUGACCUGGCAGACUCUAGCCGUUAAUUUAUGUUUUUGGAGUCUGUAACACACUGUUUUUGCACUAGUUUAUCAAUGAAUACAAGCAUUUGAAGGCCUAAAAACCAAACUAGAAUUGAUUAAAUUUAAGCCCUCUUAUUGGCUGAAUCAAAAAAGUGGCCUGAUUUAUUUUUGGAUGUGUGGUGUUCAUCACCUAUGGAAGCCGGAGGAUAAAGCUGAUUUUUAGUCCAGUGUACCGUGUGGUGUGGGGCAUUAGAGUUUUAUUAUUUUUUUAUUAUUUUUUUUAUUAUUAUUAUCAAGGGAAAUUACAAGGGGAAAAGGGUAGUUGGUACCCUCUUUGAAUUCAGGACCUACCUCAAGAGAGUACACCAAGCUUUAAACUAGGCUAGUAAACCAUUUGCGUAAUGAAGCCUGGUUCGUUUGUUCUUGUUCGAGGCUUUGAGUUGUUUUUGUUCAAGGGCGAUUAUCUAACGAGGAAUAGGUGAAACUAAAUUUGUAGCAAUGGAGAAUAGUAUGUGUGAUUUGACUGCUUUAUGGUAUAGGCAGAUCUUUUAUUUGCA